AUGGCGCCCAUCCGCCCUAUUUCAGCACCGCGCAUCGUCUUGUACCACCAGACGACGCACAAUCCAGAUGGGAGCCACAUCUCGAUCCUGCCCCUGUUGACCCAGCCGGGCAUCGCUCUGACUCAUCUGAUUGUGGCGGCAAUCCACAUCAACGAGGACCCUAACGCCAUAACUCUCAAUGACCACCACCCCUCAGACCCGCGAUACACGACCCUGUGGGCCGAGACACGCAUAGCCCAAGCAAGUGGGAUUCAAGUCCUGGGUAUGCUCGGCGGCGCGGCUAAGGGGUCGUACUGCCGUCUGGACAAGGACGAGGCCACCUUCGAAGCGUACUACGUCCCCGUGCGAGACCUGAUCCGGCAGCGGGGUCUGCAGGGCCUCGACCUGGACGUAGAAGAAGACUUUUCGCUGGGAGGCAUGGUGCGGCUAAUCGACCGGCUGCGGCUCGACUUCGGGGCCGAAUUCCUCAUCACGCUGGCACCCGUGGCAGCGGCGCUGCUGGACGUCCGCCAUAACAUGAGCGGAUUCGACUACGAGGCGCUGGAGGUAAUGCGCGGGAAGGAGAUUGCCUGGUACAAUGCGCAGUUCUACAACGGGUGGGGGAACGCCGGAAACCCGUUCAUGUACGAGUUGAUGGUGGCCAGGGGGUGGCCGCCCGAGAAGGUUGUCGUGGGGUUGUUGACCACGGGGGAAAAUGGGAAUGGGUUCGUGCCGUGGGAGCUGAUGGGACCCAAUCUGGGGUUGUUGAGAAGGCAGUUUGAGAGGUUUGGCGGGGUCAUGGGAUGGGAGUACUUCAAUUCCUCUCCUGGGGGAAGAGAUAGGCCUUGGGAGUGGGCUCAGAGGAUGACGGAAACACUGAGAGCAGGAGAAGGGAAAGGAACAGAGCACAGACCCUCUGGUGUUGCAAACGCUCUGAAGGGCGAUGACGAGGACGACGAUGCUACACCCGCUGCCCCGCUGCCCGCACCAUUUGUCUACCAAACUGAUGGUGAGGACGCGUGA